GCAAAGGCGGCACGUGGCUGGGCGGCCAUGAGCUCGCGGGGCCGCGGCUGGGGGAAGCGGGACACCGCCGGUCUGGCGGACAGUUUUUCUGGACUCUGCACCUCCCAGAGCCUCAGGGGCGUCAGGAAUGCCAGCUUCCUCACGCUAGGGAAAAAAUAUGCAAGUGAUAGAGAAGAGGAGGAUAAGGAAGAUGAUAAAGUGGAUUUAGCAGAAAAUUCUCUUUUAAACAAGCUAAUCCGGAAGUCUCUGGUAGAAUCCAAUCAUCAGGUUGAAGUCCUGCAGCGAGAUCCCAGCUCCCCUCUCUUCUCAGUAAAAACUUUUGAAGAACUACAUCUGAAGAAAGAGUUAUUAGAGGGGAUUUAUGAAAUGGGUUUCAACAGACCAUCCAGGAUACAGGAGACAGCACUUCCUAUGAUGCUAGCUGACCCACCCCAAAAUCUUAUAGCACAGAGCCAGUCAGGGACAGGAAAAACUGCAGCUUUUGUCUUGGCCAUGCUGAGCAGAGUUAAUGGUGCUGAAAAAUUCCCCCAGUGUCUCUGUUUAGCUCCGACCUAUGAGUUGGCUUUGCAGACUGGACAAGUGGUUGAAAAGAUGGGAAAACGUUGUGUCAACAUCAGAGUUACGUAUGCUGUCCGAGGGAAUAGAAUUCCAAGAGGUACCAAGAUUGAAGAACAGAUAAUAAUUGGAACCCCCGGGACUAUCCUAGACUGGUGUUUCAAAUUGAAGCUGCUGGAUUUGAAGAAGAUCUCUGUGUUUGUGCUGGAUGAAGCAGAUGUUAUGAUUGACACACAGGGCUUCUUAGACCAGAGUGUCCGCAUUCAGAGAACAUUAUCACAGGACUGUCAGAUGCUCCUCUUCUCAGCAACCUUUGAGGAUGCCGUGUUGAGAUUUGCUGAGCAGAUCAUCCUUGACCCCAACGUAAUUAAACUCCGCCGAGAGGAGAUGACCUUGACCAAUAUCAGGCAGUACUACUUUUUGUGUGAGAAUAUACAAGAUAAAUACAAGGCCCUGUGCAAUAUCUAUGGGAGCAUCACUGUUGGCCAGGCUAUCAUCUUCUGUCAGACUCGUAGAAAUGCCAAAUGGUUAUCACAGGAACUGACUCAGGAUGGGCACAAAGUGUCUAUCCUGAGUGGAGAGCUGACAGUUGAACAACGGGCAGCUGUAAUCCAAAGGUUUCGUGAUGGAAAAGAGAAGGUCCUUGUCACAACGAAUGUCUGUGCUAGAGGUAUUGAUGUGGAACAGGUCACAAUUGUUGUGAAUUUCAAGCUUCCGACAAACCAGUUGCAUUGUCCAGACUUUGAGACCUACCUACACCGCAUAGGGCGAACAGGUCGUUUUGGGAAAAAGGGCCUCGCCUUCAACAUGGUGGAAAGACACAACUUACCACUGCUACGCAGCAUUGAAGAGCACUUCAAGACCAAGAUUAAGCAGUUGGACCCAGAUGACAUGGAUGAGAUAGAGAAGACUGAAUAUUAAACAAACACGGGGUGUUUGGAAUCAAAGGAAGAUUUUUUUCUUUAACCUUCGACCUCAAUAUUUUUUCUGUUUAAAAAAAAUUGAAAUAGUUUAAGCGAAACGUAUUGCCAUGUUUGGAAAUGAUGAUACGGUGUCCUCUGGGAGGCUAUAUUUUUCAUAAAGAAUUUAGGAAAAGAAAAAAACUUAUGCUUAUGACUUCAGAAUGGUUCCUAUUUUCCCCUUCUCAUGGCCUCCUGUGUUUUUGUCUAGUGUGUCUCAUUACCAAGAUAUUGGCAGGUUUAAUAAAAAGCACAGGAGGAGAUUCUUUCACCUGACCAAGUUUCCCUUUCCCACAUCAUUCCCAGGGCACAUCUCCAUCAAAAGUAGCGAAGCAAGUUGUUCAGAUGAAGUAAACUGCCAGCACAAAACUGACAGCUGUAUGAUAAUUGACACCAGUCAUUAAUAUAACUAGCCACUGGAUGGCAAUGGUUGCUUUCACCGUCCACACUGGCUUUCCUGCAGAGGAAUAAUAAAGAAACCACACUUCCCAUUUUAAUCAUCAGGCCUGCCUCUGUUCUCCUAUGUUAUAUCAAGAAUUAAAAUAAUACAGGUGCUUGUUAACUUCCUUUCCACUAGAUGGCAGCAUUAUUUCAUAAAUAUAACCUGCCCGGUUGCUCUGAGCGUCACAGGCUUUGCAUGUAACUUGGGGAAUGAAGUUUUCUUUUAUUUCAGAAAUAUUGUUUUGAGCCUGAAGUUAAAAUCUUCUUAGCUGAUCCAAGAUUACCUCAGGACAGAGAGAAGUCAAACUUUCCUGAGCCACCAAAACCUCUCAACUCUGACCUACCUCUUAAAGACUCUGGACAGGGAAUCAAGUCCUCUUUAGAAUUUUUUGAAUGUUUCACUUAAACAGUAUCUUUCAAAGAUAGUUGAACAAUAUGGAAGGUUUGUAGCACUAUUCUGUCUAUCAAUGUGUUACUGAAAUAUUUAUCCACCGCUUUACCUGUUCUGCUCCUUGUUA